AUGGAAGAAGUUCUCACUGCUGUCUUGGUCGUGUGUCGCUCGCAUGAGCAGAUUGAGGCGUUGGACCAUGUGGCUCGGCUACUCUCGGCCUACAUCGAUACUUCCGCUAGGUGGACAGUGUUGCAGGCGGUCGAACGUGGCUUCCUGCACCUCGUACAGCGUCUUCUUCGAGCGGAUACGGGUCACUAUUUGGCCCGGCUGGCGGCGAUUCGAAGAUCUGUUCGAGUAGCAGCAGACGGAGGGCAAAUGAAAAUACUCUGCAUGCUGACAGACUGGUAUCCGCAGGCGGUUCUGGAUGAGAUAGCGGUUAAGCAAGCUGCGAUGAACGGGCACUUGGAUCUGCUCGAGUGGAUGCACAACAGUAUGAAAAUGGUAUGCAAUGGUGUGGAGGACUUGUGUAAACUGCUGUACUCCUCCGAUACAAUUGCGUUGGCCGCUGGUGAAGGUCAAUUGGAAGUUGUUAAGUGGCUUGUGCAUGCGAGAGGGGGAGAAUGCUCGGCUGCUCCACUGCACCAAGCGGCGAGGAAUGGGCAGUUGGAAGUGGUAGAGUGGCUGUAUGACCACUCCGGGUGCAUUGUUCUACCUCGAGCGAUGGAUGAGGCUGCAGCUUGUGGGUAUGUGGAUGUAGUACGAUUCUUGCAUGAAAGAGGUGGACGGAACGGCGGCAAGAGUAAAUGUACAACAAUGGCCAUGACAGGAGCUGCUGUUAACGGAUACUUGGACGUCGUCAAGUGGCUCCAUGAGAAUAGGAGUGAAGGAUGCACCACUGACGCCCUUGACGGCGCAGCACGUAAUGGACACUUGGACGUAGUUCAGUGGUUGCAUGAGAACAGGAGUGAAGGAUGCUCGGCUCAAGCGAUGAAUGGCGCGGCAAGAGGAGGUCACCUAAGCAUCGUGAAGUUUUUACAUGAACAUCGCAGUGAAGGCUGUACAUAUAACGCCAUGGAUUGGGCUGCUUUGGGGAACCAUCUGGAUAUCGUGCAGUUCUUGCAUGACAACCGCACCGAAGGCUGCUCUCGGCAUGCAAUCAAUGAAGCGGCCAAACACGGUCAUCUGAGCAUGGUCCAAUGGCUCCAUUCGAAUCGCUCGGAGGGGUGCAAUAGAAUGGCAAUGGAUGGUGCUGCUACUCUGUCUCACCUUGAUGUGGUUAGUUUUCUGCAUUCCCAUCGACUCGAAGGGUGUACAGUCGCUGCAAUGGACGGAGCUGCAGAGCAUAAUCGACAAGAUAUCGUGCAGUGGCUUCAUGACAACCGGGACGAAGGAUGUUCCGUGCGAGCGAUGGACCGUGCUGCGAGGAAUGGUCAUUUACGAAUGGUGCAAUGGCUAAACGAACAUCGUGCAGAAGGCUGCACUACCGACGCGAUGGACGGCGCUGCUGAAGGGGGUCAUCUGGGCAUUGUCAAGUUCUUACACGCCAGUCGUAGAGAAGGAAGUACGACGUACGCAAUGAACGCAGCGGCAAGGAAUGGACAUCUCGCUACUGUGAAGUGGCUGCAUGAAAACCGUACAGAAGGAUGUACGACAACAGCUUUGGAUGGGGCGGCAGCGAAUGGACAUUUGGACGUGGUGCAAUUUCUUCAUAACAAACGCAGUGAAGGGUGCACAACGCGCGCGAUGGACGCUGCUGCAGCUCGCGGCGAUCUCGAAAUGUUGGAGUGGCUUCGUAAAUAUCCUCGCGCAGAGUGCAGUGCACAAGCGUCUCUUUUUGCUGUUGCACAUGACCACGUGGAAGUAUUGCACUGGCUUCGAGAAAAUUAUGCUGGUGCAUUAGCCAGUAAGGAAGAUCUCUGCGGCACAGCCCAGUAUUAUGGUCGUGUGCACAUUUUGGCGUAUCUCCUGGACCAGUGGUUGCUUGGAGGUUAAGUGUCUUUAUUUUUUUUAAGUGUAUGGUGCAAAUUUGUACAAGACUCACGAAUAUUUUUUUUUACAUUAAUGAGUUCAAUCUACUACGA